CCGACAGCACCUCGGGAAUUGCUUUGUCCUGACAGGAGGAAGCGUGGGCCUUGCUGGGCUCUUCCAGCUCGGAGCUGCCAAAGGAACAGCCUUUCCCUGCUCCAGACAGGCCGGAGCAGAACAUAUGGGAGCUGUUCGAAUUGCUUCUCUGCUCCAGACAUGAGUGUGCAUAUUUACUUCUAAAGGACUAGCAGGACCUUCCUGGGCGAUCUGGUCUCAUCCUUUGUCGUUAAAAGCCUAAUUUCAGGCAAUCCCCUAAUAAAUUUAUUUAUCGUUAUUUUUAAAGUACUGUAUAAGCAGGUGCUUGCUUGGUGGUGCUUCCCCAAAGGAACAGGAUUUUGUUUUGACACACUCAGCCAGUUAAUCUAGGCAUAAUGUUGGGCUUAAGAUUCUCUAACUUAUUCCAGGAGGAAGCUUCUCCUUAUUCUUUACUUGAUAUCUGUUUGAAUUUCCUGACUGCCAACCUCGAGAAGUUCUGCACAGAAAGGCAAGAUGGGACACUGUGCUUGCAGGAGCCAGGGAUGUUUCCUCAAGAAGUGGCUGAUCGACUGCUGCAGACGAUGGCAUUUCAUGGGCUUCUGAAUGAUGGCACUGUGGGGAUCUUCCGAGGGAACCAGAUGCGUUUGAAACGGGCUUGUAUCCGGAAAGCCAAAAUCUCGGCCGUGGCCUUCCGGAAAGCGUUCUGCCAUCACAAGCUGGUGGAACUGGAUGCCACGGGGGUGAACGCAGACAUAACAAUCACAGACAUUAUAAGUGGACUGGGCAGCAACAAAUGGAUCCAGCAGAACCUGCAAUGCCUUGUGCUGAACUCACUGACUCUUUCCCUGGAAGACCCGUACGAGAGGUGUUUCAGCCAGCUCUCCGGGCUGCGCGCCUUGAGCAUCACCAACGUGCUCUUCUACAACGAGGACUUGGCAGAUGUCGCGUCGCUCCCGAGGCUGGAAAGCCUGGAUAUAUCCAACACCUCCGUCACUGACAUCACAGCACUCCUCACCUGCAAGGACCGGCUCAAGUCUUUGACCAUGCACCACCUGAAAUGCUUGAAAAUGACCACGACCCAGAUCCUGGACGUUAUUAGAGAACUGAAAUACCUGAACCACCUCGAUAUCUCCGAUGACAAACAGUUCACGUCGGACAUAGCCCUCCGUUUGCUGGAACAGAAGGAUAUCCUGCCUAACCUUGUGUCAUUGGACAUUUCUGGCAGAAAACACGUGACAGACAAAGCUGUGGAAGCGUUCAUCCAGCAGAGACCCACCAUGCAGUUUGUGGGACUGCUUGCCACCGACGCCGGCUACUCGGAGUUCCUGACAGGAGAAGGGAACCUAAAGGUGUCAGGAGAAGCAAAUGAAACUCAGAUUUCUGAAGCACUGAAGCGUUACAGUGAACGGGCCUUCUUUGUGAGAGAAGCGCUUUUUCAUUUAUUCAGCCUGACACACGUCAUGGAAAAAACAAAGCCUGAAAUUUUAAAGCUGGUGGUGAUUGGGAUGAGGAAUCACCCCCUGAACUUGCCCGUGCAGUUGGCAGCCAGUGCGUGUGUGUUUAACCUGACCAAGCAGGACUUGGCAGCGGGAAUGCCCGUGCGCCUUCUGGCCGACGUCACUCACUUGCUCCUGAAAGCCAUGGAGCACUUCCCAAACCAUCAGCAGCUGCAAAAGAAUUGCCUUCUUUCUCUAUGCAGUGACAGAAUCCUUCAGGAUGUUCCAUUUAACAGGUUUGAAGCAGCCAAACUUGUUAUGCAGUGGCUGUGUAAUCAUGAAGAUCAAAACAUGCAAAGGAUGGCUGUAGCCAUAAUUUCCAUUCUUGCUGCAAAGCUUUCAACAGAGCAAACAGCUCAACUUGGCGCAGAACUCUUCAUUGUUAGGCAACUUCUACAAAUAGUUAAACAGAAAACAAAUCAGAAUCUUGUAGAUACCACCCUCAAGUUCACACUGAGUGCACUUUGGAACCUCACUGAUGAAUCUCCAACAACAUGUCGGCACUUUAUUGAAAAUCAAGGGCUAGAACUUUUCAUGAGAGUCUUAGAGUCUUUUCCAUCUGAAUCAUCCAUCCAACAGAAAGUUCUUGGACUUCUGAACAACAUAGCUGAAGUUAAAGAACUCCAUUCUGAAUUGAUGUGGAAGGACUUUAUAGACCACAUCAGUAAAUUGUUGCACAGUGUGGAGGUGGAAGUCAGCUACUUUGCAGCAGGGAUUAUUGCUCACUUGAUAUCUCGGGGAGAGCAGGCCUGGACGUUGAGUCGCAGCCAGAGGACGUCUCUCCUUGAGCAGCUGCAUUCUGCCAUUUUGAAUUGGCCAACCCCAGAAUGUGAGAUGGUGGCUUACAGGUCUUUCAAUCCGUUUUUUCCACUACUUGGCUGUUUCAUGACACCUGGUGUCCAGUUAUGGGCAGUGUGGGCCAUGCAGCACGUCUGCAGCAAAAAUCCUGCCAGAUACUGCAGCAUGUUAAUUGAAGAAGGUGGUUUACAGCAUUUGUACAACAUCAAGGAAAACGUCCAGACUGAUCCCCAUGUCCAAAGGAUUGCCAUUGCCAUCCUGGACAGUUUAGAAAAACACAUUAUGCGUCACGGGAGACCCCCACCGUGUAGGAAACAGCAACAGAGCAAACCAAACUGAAAGCUGCAGGUAGAGGAGUGUAAAGUAUUGUCUCUGUAAUAAUCCCUUCUGAUGUGUGUGUAGUUGGAGUAAUUUGUAAUAUAUUGGUCACCAUUAAAGUGAUUUGCCAGUAACUGUGGUACCCAAAACCAUGUGUGGAAACCUUUGCUGAACGUCAGCUUUGAUGGCAACCACGUGUGUGACUUGUCAAGGGUCAGGCUUGAGCUGGUCAUAAGGUGGGGUUAGUGCUGCCUACCAGGAGAUGGGACUUGUACAGAUCAAUAUGCACAUCUGAAAACAAGACUUGAAGGAAUAUCCUGUUUUGUGACUCCUGGGAGAAAAAGUUAUUCCAUCCCUGUGAUUGCUCUUCAUAACACUGUUCACCAGUUUGGUGUUUGAAUAGAACUGUGUGUGGUUGUGAGAUCCAACACUCCUACAGACUAAACCACAAGUCCCGUGCAUGCAGGUUACAGUGAGACUUGUAACUAAGGCGACCAAAAUGUCCAUUGUCUCAUAACCCUUCUAGACACAAAUGAGGUCUUCAGCUUCCUUUUCCUUUUGCCUGCAAGCCAUGUUCUUUUGUUUUCCUUACUGCUGGAACAAUGCCUUUUUGCAGUUCACUUCUCCAGAGUCCUCCCUGCUCUUAGCAAGGUGGGGACCACAUCAUGUUCAGGGAAAGGGGAAACCCACUCAAGUAAAGCAGUAGAAACAGGACUAAAAUGAAACAGUACUAAAAGGAUGAACUAAGUUUGAGAUUUUAAACUUUAUAACAAGAAGGGAGUUUUGUUGUUGUGUGACUACUUUUAGUUGUGUGUGAUACCUUUUGUUUUUAGAAUACUUGGGAAUAGGGAAAGGAGAAGGCUCAUUAGAGCAAAAUACUGACUUGACUUCAUCAUGAAGGGGAUUGCAUGUACUCAUCAGAGGCCCAGGAUAUUUGGUCACCUUAUUUAUAAGAGACUAAUGAUUGCUCUCGUUUUCUGUAAAUAUUCAGUCAGUAUUGUGCAGUGAACUAUAUUUCCAAGUCAUGGCAGUGAGUGUAAAAUACACCCAGUGUUCUAUGUAAA